AAUCUGAUUAAUUUAAGCUCGAUUGGAGCAGUAGAAGUGGUCGAAAAAUCGAUUGCAAGAUUUGAACGUGACAAAGAAACCAACAGACAGAGCAACUCAAUAAAAAGCGUGUAAAAAAUGGAGGCAAAUUUAAAAGUUUCGAAACAAAAAAAAAGUUUAUUAAACUCAAAACAUUGAGUUUUUAAAAAUAAUAAAUAAAUAAAAAUCAAUUACAGUCUAUCAACAGACUAGGAAGUUAAUAAAAAUAAUUCAAAAGUCAGAGAUAACAGAAAGAACAAUUAAAAUUAUUUAAAGAUUAAAGAGUGCAUUUAAGUGAUCAAUAAGCAAUUCUAUCGAAGCUUUAUAUACAUAGUUGUAUUUCCCUGAAAAAGGCACAGAGAAAAAACGUGAACGAUGGCAAGCACUGGUAAAAAAGGCAAAAAGUCCAAGGAAAAGAAGUUAUCACUUCAGGAUUUUUUGGCAAAAUCGGGUCCAACGACAGGCGGAACCACUCAAGUUGCGGUUCAAAAGUAUAGUAGCUGGGCAGAAGAAUGUGAGGAAGAUGAAGAACGUAAAAUUGAAAUUAUUCAGUUACCAACUGCUCCCAGAGCAGCACGAAUUUUGGAAGAUAACUCGAUUCCAUAUGAUCCACCGUUCUAUGCUAAAGUAUCAAAUUUACCAUUUGAUUUGAGCGAAGCAGAUGUUGAUGAAUUCUUUUUGGAUCAUAAUAUUCAUAUUAAGGAAAUGAAAUUGGCAAGAGAUGAUGCAAAUGAUCGACUACGUGGUUUUGGACACAUUGAAUUGGAAACAAGAGAAGAUUUAAUGGAUGCCAUUAUGAUGAAUGAUCCGGUAAUUCGUAACAGAAGAAUUCGCAUUGAGUUUACAAUGGAACCAGAUUCAGUAUCAGGACGUACGGUUAGAAAACGUUAUGACAAUUAUACUCCUCGUGACUCAGCUAAUGAAUCAACAAAUUGGCGUGAUCGAAAGGAAUCAAAUUUCGAACAAGUUGAUGGACGUGAUGGAGGUGGACAUCGCGAAAAUCGACGAAAUUAUCAGCAACGUUCAACUUUCCAAAAUCGUCAUGAAUCAAAUGAUUCAAAUAAUGAUGGUGGUGGAAAUUGGAGAUUAGGGGAUCGUCCAAAUAAUGAUUCACCCCCGCCAGAAAGAAGACGUUUUGGAAAUGAUAGAAACGAUAGAAAUGACAGAAGAGGUCCAGGCGAUAGAGGUGGAAAUCGUUAUGAUCGUGAUAGACGUGAGCCACGCGACGAACAAGUUCAGGAACGUCCAAAAAUUUAUAUUGCGCCAAGAACAUUACCACUUCCUGAAUUAAACUUUCCAAAAGAAGAAGAGCUUGAACGUGGAACCAGAAAGAUUUCACUUAAUGGCGACCAUGAUGAUGAAAACGAUGAUUCUGGCUUAGCUGAAGAUGAGGACAGAGAAAAAGCUCCAAAAGUAAAGAUUCCACAACAACCAAGAGAAAAUAUCUUUGGAGAUGCUAAGCCUGUUGAUACAGCUGGCAAAGCGCGAGAAAUUGAAGAAAAGAAGGAAUCAGAACGUCAAGAACGAUUUAAAAAUGAGAAAGAAAAGCGCGAAAAAGAUCGCGAUGCUGGAAGUUCUACAUCACAAAGUGGAGAUGAUAAAAAAGAUGUUAUUGUCAUCCGUACUGAAGGUUCAAGACGUCAAGAAGAACCAACAAAUUGGCGUAAACGUGACGAUACUUCAAGUAACGGAUCUAUGGACAAUAAAAUUCGAAGUGGAAAUCGUCAAAUGGGUAGCAGACAUGAUGAUCGUCCACGACAAUUCAACAAGGAUAAUAAUCGAAGCUACAAUAAUCGUGAUCGUCGAGAUGGAGAUAGACGUGAUGGUGAUCGCAGGGAUGAUUACCGAAAUAACAGAGACAAUAGAGAUAACAGAGAUAGAAGAGACAACAACAUGCGACGAGGAAAUGACAGUGGGCCAAGAAUGGAGAUACGUCGCGAUGAUAGAGAGCCGAGAGGAGAUAUGAGAGAUUCAAGGGAGCAGCCUCGUGAUAUGAAACCUCGCGAUAAAAAUCAUGACAUGCCAAAAUUCGUUGAAAACUCUGGACCUAAUUUACACGUUUCAAAUACAUAUGCUGGAUUAGAUGAUGAAGUUUACGAUGACUAAAGUAAUAAUCAAGUUUAAAGGGAAUUUUUUUUUGAAAAACAACAAAAUAUGAUUAAAGAUAAAUAAAAUUAAAAAAAUUUGGUGACAUUUAAUUCAAAUGAUAAUAUUUAUGCAGCAUAUAAACAAGAAAGUAAAAAAAAACAUAAGUGGGCGAAAGAAUUUAUGAGACAUCAUACACAAAGGAAGUUAAAACUAAAGAAGAAAAUCUGUCGACUGAAUCAAAGUUAUCAAAAAAAAACAUAAAAUACAAGAAAAGAGAUAAAUUAUUGAGGAAGUAAAAAGGUUUUUAAAUAAUACUAAUAUUAGCUGAUUGCAUAGGAUUUUUGUAAAAAAGAAAAGAGGAAAUCAUAAUUUUUUUUUGUUUGAUAAAAGUAAAUCGAGUCGAGAUAGUCGAGGAAAUUCCCUAACCAUAUAGCUUUACCUUUAUAUUUUUAAAGAUUUUUAAGGGAGCUAGAUUUUUAGGGACUUUUAAGCAAUUUCUUUUUUUGUUCGUUAAAUCAUUUGAGUUGUCCUAUUAUUAAUAUUUUAUUAGCUCAUUAUAUAAUAGUAGUAAUUAUUAUUAUUAUUAUCAAUAUACUAAAAUUAAUGAAAUGUCAAUAUUCAAUAUUAGAAGAAGAUUCCCCAGCUUUGAUGCUGCUGUAUUCAGAAUAUGGACAGUUAUCAAAGCUGGGGAGAGAUAUUGCUGAAGUAAAUGGUUUAUAUUAUAUAUGUAUAAGGAU